CUGGACUGUUUUUUUCCUCGGCCGGCCGACGAGGUUACUUCAGUUCAUUCGCCGGGAGGUGUCCCUCGUGAACCCGGAAGCGGAGGUUGUUGUGGAAAAGAGGCUGCCGGAGCCUAGUGUAUAAAGGAAGGGCAUCUUCAAGAAGAGUACUUCCUAGUCAAGCAUUUGGAAGGAAGUCAAUGCUUGGAGCUGCUGAAAGUGAAAAGACUUGUAUUUGAAAAAGAUGUUCAACUUCUUCCGAAAAAACCAAGAUACCAAGAAGGUAUUGGUGACAGAAAAAGAAGCAGAUGGAUUUGUUUUUCUCGGCAAUACAGUGAAUGAAGAAAGCAAUGAGUCUUCAGGACCUGAGGGUGACCAGACUACACAGACAAAUUCAGAGAAUCAACCAAAGUUGACUGAUGUGGGGACAGAGAAAAAUCAGAACAUGGAAAGCCAAUCUUCUAUGUUGGAACUUCUCAGUGAUGUACCUUUCACGCUAGCGCCACAUGUCCUGGCAGCGCAAGACGCAUGCAACGACUUCCCCAGACCAUUGUUCUCUUAUGAUGUCAAUGACAACCUAACAAGAUUUUGGUACGAUUUCACACUUGAAAAUUCUGUGCUGUGCGAAUCGUAGUUGUUGAAUCACUCAAUUUAAGCAUGUACCUUGAUCACUUGAUGUAAAAUACAGAGGCGUCAUGUGCUACGUAACUCAACUACUUUGUGACACAAUCUGAGUGAUUGUCUGGUUAAGCAUUGACAUUUUCCAUCCUCUGUGAUAUCCCUUAUAGAGUUUGAAAGUACCUGUGCCAAACCUGGCAAUUCCGUUACAAUCUACAACUUGAACUCCUCCAGCAGAGUUUUCUUAUAAUUCCAGAUAAGCUACCCAGGUGUUGACAUUAGUUCAGGGUUUGCCUUUUCAAAGGGAGACACUGCAUAUUACAAGAGCACUUUGAUUUAAUAAACGGGUAAGAAGUACAUGAUAGUGAAUAAACUGGCUCCUUUUGGGAGAACAGUAUUUAAGUUCUCUAACGUUAGGCACAACUUUGUAGAAAUGUUGAACAGUGCCAGAUUCUAUUUUGCCCCUUUUAUGAAAUAACAGAAUUGUCUGCAUCCACAGCUCAGAAUGGGCCGCUGGUGUAGUUUUUGGGGUUUUCAUACUAUAUUUCCUUGGGACUCAGCAGUUUUUCAUUUGCUGUUUGUUUUCAUCAGCACAUAUGUUUCUGGUUUAUAUCUUGAUCAGCUUUUCCAUUGCAAACCUCUGUACCCACUAGAGAGUGAAAUCUAGGUAUGUGUUUAUGCACACACACAUGCACACACACACACACACACACAAGUUUACCACUGAUCCUAUAAUUUAUAUGGGUCAAAUGUAAAAUUGAUGGGUUGAAGUAUUGGAAAAGAUCAAAUAGUUACAUGUUUAACUUAAUGAGGUAUUCUCUGUGCUCACUAUUGUGUGCAAGGUUCAUUUGUUUUCUUUUUACCAGGGAUUGAGUGGAAGAGGAUACAUUUGUCCUGUGCCAAAAGCAAGUAUUUCAGAAGGAAUGUGCAACAUGGUUAUUUAAAAACAUGAUACACAUUUUUAAAAUUAAUAUUCUGUGACUGCCUUCCCCAACCUAGUACCACCCAGGUGGUUUUGACUAUGAUUCCUAUCAGCCCUGACUUUCAGCCAUGCUGUCUGGAGCUUAUCAGGCUGGGGAAAGCUCCUCUGUGGGUUGAAUCUUCUAGAUUACAUUAGAGACACUUAACUCCCAUCAAAAUCACUGGGAUGCUAGUCAUGCCUUAGGUUCUAUUGAUUUUAGGGGAACGUAUUCUGGAUCCACUGCUUUGCUUUUGUGUUUCACUAACAAAUGUUGAAUGUUUCCUUAGUGUCUAUGUGCUUUUUUCCUGAGAAAACUAUGUUAUAAAGUUUGACAGGUCUAGGUGUGCCGUAUAUUUGUAUGUGUGCAAUAAAAGCUAAUUAAAUGUGAUAUUCCUUUUGAAACUGGAAAAUAGUGUCCUUGCAUGUUCAGUUCUGUAGCCGUGUUUAGUCAGAUGUCACAGAAGGGACCCGACAUUGUUUUUAAUGAAUUAGAGAUUUAUUUAAUGGUAAAUGAGAGAUGACUUUCUAUUAAUUAACUUGAGUGAUAGCUUGGAAAAUCUAAUUUGCACUAAAUUCUGUAUGAUGUUGCAUGCAUAUCAGCAGAAGUACUAGAUUGUGAUCAUAUUCUAGGAUAUGAAUAAUUAUUUCUAGAGGAAGGAAUAAACAGUUUAAAUGAGGCUGUUAGAAUUUAUGUCUCUUGCGAAUUUGAUGGCAAGAGGGUCUCAAUCCCUGAUCAUCUAGGUUGUAUGUUGUACUGUUCGAUUUUGUUCUUUAUUUGACAUUAGCCAUUAUAUUUUGACUAGUCCAAAAGCAAUAUUGCCACUACUGUUGUCCCGUUUUACUCUGUUAAAAACUACUUUGCAGUAUAAUCUAAAAUAUAUUUAAAAUCAGAUGUAACGUACAGUACAAAACAUAAGCUAAUAUUUCAAAAUGUUUCGCAUUAAAUAAAAGGCAGGCAGCAGGACAUACUUUUAUAUUUGGCAUUUCUUUUUUAUUGUAUGAUUAUUUUAUGAUUUCUGUAAUAAUUUACAUCAAAAUAAGUUUCACAGUAUAUAUUUUUAUCGGGGCUUCUAUAGAAACAAUGAAAGUCAAUAUUUUGAUUGUCAUUUUUUAUUGUGUUGCUUGUUGUGAGCUACACUGGAGUGUAUUUCUUCGUUGGGGCAGGUGUUAAUAAAAUGAAAUAAAUCUAUACUAUUAAACUGUCCUUGCAGCAGAUCUUUAUUGGGUUAAUGAGUCCCAAUUAUUAAGAAUUAAGUACUGAGUGUUGUACAUAUUGGAGGUGUUCUGUAGCAGAGUGACAAGUGGGAGGGGCUUUUGGGCAGUUAUUCAGCAACUGACAAUUCCUCUGCUAUGUAAAUCAUUUCUACAUUUACAUUUGUUUAGAGGAGCCUGUGAGAUUGGUAAAUCUCAGCUAAAUGACAGUUUGGUGAGUACACUCGUACCUUGGUUGUCAAAUGCCUUGGUACCCGUACGUUUCGGUUCCCGCACGAUUGAAACCUGAUUUCUGGUUUUUGAACGGUUUUUUGGGUGCCGAGCGUUCAAUGGGACUUCUGCUAUUGUUUCACAUUUCGGAAGUCGAACAGACUUCUGGAACGUAUUCUGUUCGAACCAAGGUACAACUGUCUUUUAUUUGAUUUUUGCAAUAGGUGAUACCCUUGCUCUGACGUAAACAUUACAAAUCACUUAUUUCCCUUGAAAAAGAAUCUUCGUACAGAUUUUUGGAAAGGAUUUUAAAACAUAAUCCUAACACAAGAAAUAAGCUAUUUAUAGCUCAAGAUAAACCCAUGAAAUGGUCAAUUAUGAUUUUCCAAACAAACCACAAUCUGCAGAAAGGAUUGUUUAUAGCUUAGUGAUAAUGGUUUGUUUCAACAAAACAAACCAUGGUGCCUAGUUUGGGCACAGCACUAAACCAAGGAUCUCAGUUUGCAUUGUCUGCAUGUUAACAGAGAGGAACAAAGCAAGCAUGAUAGGCAUAUUAACUAUGGUUUACCUUGAUGUGCAAAUAAGGAUAUAUCUAUUUGAUAGACUACAGAGUGUUUGAUGGUCAGUCUGUUGGCAACACAGAAGCCAAUGGAAUCUUAUAAGUGAAGGAGAUGGAAAUCAGUCUGAAUGUUUACAUGAGAAAUGGAACAUGGAGCAUGCAGUUUCAAGCUACAUCAUUCUCUUGUGUGGCUUCCACUGAUUUCAGUUGAGCUUUCUUAGGAGAUUUCUUAGUGUAGUGUGUGUUUAAAUUAGUGACUACAGAAAAGGUAAAGGGACCAUAUAAUUCAGGUAUAAAGUACUCUAUGAAUAACUGCAAAGAAAGCAUCUAAGAAAGCUUCAAAGAACCAUAAUAAAGAGCAGGAAACAUCCAUGAAGGUAAAAUGUGUAUCUCAGAAAACAUUCUUUGGCAAUAUCUCAUGUCUGAUCAUUCUUUUAUGUGUUUAUCUGCAUGCAUCUGAGGGCUAAAACUGGUUUUGUCCCUAGGGAUCUGUCACUGUGAGUAGAAGGGUUUAGGGGAGGAAGUAUGGGAUGGCAAUGGAGAGAAAUGUUCAAUCACAAGUUGGCAAAAAUGGAAAUAAUUACAUUUACCAGGCUAUAAAUGAGUCUUCAAAAGGCUCUGCGUCUUGAAAGAACUGGUAAAAUCCUUGACAGGUCUGCACUUGAUUAAAAAUUAUGGGGAUGCUUAACACGUCUUUGUUCUUAGGACCAAAUACUCAAGGUAGAGAAUAUAUCGUGAUCUUGACGCAGUUGGAAAGAGUUUCAUUUCACCUGAGAUCUGAAAAUUCCUGUAUAAAACACAUGUGUGUUCAAAUUCUUUGUACUCUUCCAUGCAGUGCUUUUAUUGUGAAUUAAAAGAUGGUUCAAAUCUUUCCUUGAGUGUAUCUGACUUUUCGGUGGAACUUUUCAAAAUAAUCACUAAACUUCAGAAAUGGGUAGACACAAUACAGAUUGUAGCAAGGUCAUUUUUUCCAAGGGCUUGGAAGCCCAACCUCUUGAGAUCCUAGAUCAAGAGAUUCCGGGAACUGGGAGCUUCUGGCACUAAACUUCCACUGAACUAUGGCUCACCCCAAGGUCAUGUGCAAAGCAUGAUUUUAUAUGCAUGCAGUUGUUUUGACCCAUUUUCUGUUAAAACCUAAAACAUUUUAUAAAAGUAAAGUCUAUAAAAAGUAUUUUUAAAAAAGGGUAUGUGAUGACAUAAUAACCUUUUCUUUUGUGGAAGGGGGUCUUUUGGAUUAUCUCACCUCUGUUACUGUUUGUUUCCAACACAAUAUGGUUGUAACCCAAUACCCAGCUCUUGUUACCAGUGAGGCUGGGUUAAAUUACACUUCAUCCUACAGAAACGGAGCCUAUAGCUAUGACAGCAAACAAACUGGCUGCCCUGAGAGUAGAAUUGGUUUGGCAACAUGCAUAAGCAUGCACAGGCAUAAAAGACUAGUUAUACCAAUGUCACUGCCACUCUGAUGGCCUAAUGUCAUAGAACAAGGGUGAGGAACCUCAAGCCUGGAAGCCAAAUCCAGACUUCUCUAUCUGGUCCAUAGGACUCUCGCCAAGCCAUGCACUCUUUGGCCUUGCUCUGUGUCCUCCUUGAGUGCGGUUGCCUGACACCUGAACAAUGAUAAUGCCUCUUUCUUACCUACACUGAGAGCUGUGGGUGUAUAGAAACCUCUGGUCUUUGCUUAGCUAAAAUGUAGCUCCUUUCUGUUGCUGCACCUGCCUCUGGCUACACCUUUUGCUUGUGGUCACAGCCACUACUGGCAGAAGGCCUCUGGAAGGUUGUCCUUGAGGAAAUGCAGCCCUCUGGCUGAAAAGGGUUUCCCAUCCCUGUCACAGAGUGUUACUUGAGUGAGUUGGCCUCUCUAGGUUCCACCAUUAACGCUCUUCAAUUCCACUCAGUAUUGCCUCCUAGAGCAGUUGGGUGCAAAUGUGGCUGCUAUGGUGGUGGCGAUUAUUACCCACAACUGUAAUUGAGCCAUGCCAAGACACGUUCCGAUGCAGAUACGCUAUCCUAGGUUAGCGUGAUAGAGUAUAUAGCAACAGAAUUGUGUUUGCAUAAGUGCUGCAGUGCUUUGUCUCCAUUCUGUAAACAGUGUUAACUGGGUAUCUUGGAACUGUAAUGAAAACCACUUGAAGGUGCCCAGGAGUAUAAGAGCAAUUUCUGUGUUGAGCCAGUACUGACUGAAGUGUCUGGAAGCAGACUUGUAAGAGAGCUCUUAUAUGUUUCUAGAUGACUAUAGGAAACUCCCAGAAGAAUGGGAAAAUUCUAGUUUCUGACCAGUUCAUACAUAGCAAACCAUGAGUGAAUCAGAAGUUGUCCCCCCAAAAAAUACACACCAGGGCUUGUUUCUCCAAAGCUCAUGCCUUUGAAACUUGGUGAGCCUAUGGGGUGAGGUCGUUUGGAUCUAAAGCUACCUGUAGUGAUCUUGCCAUGUCCAUUUGGUAUUAAAAAGGCCCUGGCCACCAAACUCUCAUAGUCAUAUUGUGACAAUUCACUUCAUGCUGCUGGGCCAGGAGUUGUACCGCCUGUUUUAUCUGCUUAUUUGCCAGCAAUGCUUCUCAUAGGAUUGCUCUGCUGUUCCAUAAAACUAAAGAAAUGAUUAAUGAUUCUCUGAAAACCGAGAAAGCAAGCUGUUCAAAACAUUUUGCAGGCUUUUCAACCAAGCCAUUGGGUCAUCUCCUUGGAUAGAUUUGGAGACUUUCCGGCUUCCCUACUCUAGAGAUAAAACAGUUUUUGACAGCCCUGCAUUCCAGGCCUAUUAUGACUUGAAUGAAUUAAGAACAAUAGAUUUCAGUUGUAACUCACUUCCAAGUAUUUAUGCUUAGAUGUGCAGCCUCGGGCUGCAACAUUCCCCCUACAAGUUAACUUUCUCAUUAUUACUAAAAACAAAUAAAAUUCCAUAACACUUUGUUGUAGAUGUAUCUAGCAAAUGAAUGCUGUGACUAAUUGGCAUGGUUCAGCCAUAACAGGAAACUAGUUCCCAUUCUGAGAACAAGCCUUGGGAUUCUGUGCUUCCUUCUCUUGUGCGUCAGAGAAGAUUAGGCACUGCCACUUUAAAGAAGUCAUAGCUCCCUGUAAUGUGCAAAUAACUGUGGUUUGUUUAAACCAAAAAUUGGGACUGUGACCCUCCAGUUGUUGGACUUGUUGUUGUUUAUUCGUUUAGUCGUGCCCGACUCUUCGUGACCCCAUGGACCAUAGCAUGCCAGGCUAUUGUUGGACUACAACUCCCAUAAUUCUUGACCAUUGUCCGGGAAUCCCACAUUGGGAGGGCAUGGUGUUGUUGAUAGGGUGUAGAGGGCAUGGGUAGGCAAACUAAGGCCCGGGGGCUGGAUCCAGCCCAAUUGCCUUUUAAAUCCGGCUCGCAGACGGUCCGGGAAUCAGUGUGUUUUUACAUGAGUAGAAUGUGUGUUUUUAUUUAAAAUGCAUCUCUGGGUAAUUGGUGGGGCAUAGGAAUUCAUUCAUUUUCCCCCUUUCAAAAUAUAGUCCACCCCCCCACACACAAGGUCUGAGGGACAGUGGACCGGCCCCUGCUGAAAAAGUUUGCUGACCCCUGGUGUGUAGGGGGUUGGACCAGUACCUCAGAGACUAGGGUUCAAAUCCCCACUCAUCCAUGAAGCUCACUUGGGCCCAUCACUACCCAGCAUGAGGAUACAACAUGGAGGAGGAGUGGUGGGUUAGAAAUGUAAUAUAAUCAUGAAAUACGGUUGUCCCCAAUCUCUUGAACACAAAAGAGUAGAGAGUGAGAGAAUCUGAGGCUCAUUGCAGCUUUCUCAUGUAGCAGGAAACCACAGUUUUCCAUCCGGUUUCAAUGUCUCCCAUUACUUCUGAACUUAAUGAAGCAUCCUAUAGUGUAAUCCAUAUUUGCACUGUUAAUUUAAGGAAUUCUCUCAUAGUAAGAUACUGUUUGCCCUUCUAAAUAAUAUACUGAAGCAGAUGGACGGCUAGGUUUUCUAUUCCCAGGAUUUAUGAUGGCCACUUAAAUGGUGGGCUUAGUUUUAAAGAAAAGAAAGAUUACGCAUAGCACAAAAGAAAAUGGCUGUGAAGGUUUCAGUCAGGUGAAGAUUUAAUUUCAAUAAGAGCUAAAAGGCCUGGUAUUCACAGCUUAUUACAGCAUCUGGAGAUGUGGGCGGUAGCUAAGAGAGACAGGCUCAGAUAUCAUCCUAGAUGUAGGCAGCAGCUGCAGUACAGAUGAAAAAGAGGACUUGGUUCAGCCACCAAUUCUGUUUAGUUUUAUUUGUUGCAGAGAUAAAAUAAAUGCUUGAGAUCAAAGAUCCCAUUUAGAAGCCUGUCUUCCUAAGUCACUCACCACAUACACACAACUCAUAGGACAUUAAAAAGCUAUUUACAUGCAAACAGCAAAAACAUGUGGGAAAAAAAUCUCACCAGGGAACAUUUGUGGAUUUCUUUAAUAAUAGUUUUCCUGUAAAGUAUUCCAUGCAUUUGAACUUUAAAAAGAUGCCAGAAGGGUGUAACAUCAAAUCUGUCUUUGCUGAAAGCUCUGUCCUUUCCUCCCUAGUUGUCCCCCAACCAGAUUCAAGAAAUACCAGUAAAUAAACGGAAGGACGGAGAAGUUAAAAGUAGGAUGAGCAAGAGUGUGAGGGAAUUCUACUUUUAAGAAGUGUGCAGCUCAAAGAAGGCAGGGUUUUUUCCCUUACAAUUGCCCCACACCAAAUCAUAGCAAUUUGGCCGCCUGCUUCAUACAGGAAGUCGUUUAUUGUAAUGAUAGUCUGGUGCAGCAACGAUAAUUCCUCUUUCCCAAAGAUCUGUGAGAUGGAUUUGACAUUAUCCGUUCAUUCCUUCCAUCCAUCCUACUACUUGUUACGGAUAGUCUGUUUCUAAAGCUUCGUAUGGAAGCCUUUUGUUAAACACUGCCGCAAUUCUUGGCUCGGUUACCUUAUAUUUUUUUAUCUCCUUAGUCAUUUUUAGAAAAUAAUAAGCUCCCAUUCUUUUUUGUUGUUGGUUUUUAAUCUUGAUUAAAUUGUGUAGCUCAGUACUUUCCAACAGAGCUGUAUUGCAGAUAUAAAAUAUGCCAUCAGAAGAAAGAAAAAUGCUGGAUUUUUAAUGCACCAUGAAUUUGCAGAAGAAUUUGUGUAUCUGUUGCCAAAAUCUGAUGUCAGAUACAGCCAUAUAAUUAGGCCUAAAAUCUUGACAACUGUAUUUAAACCUCCUGAAAGUUAAGACUGUCCUGCUGCUCACCAAGUUAAUUUAGUAUUAUAAUAUUUAACUGGGAAUAGUGCCUGACUUUGCUUUUAUGCAUAUGAUUACAAGCUUUGCAACAAUGAUAUUAGAAAAUAUUUUCCCAAGCACCAGAAGAUCGAACAGAAAAUAAAGCAAGCAGAACGACAGUCUUGCUCAGAGGUUAAAAAGGGAAUAUUUAAAUAUAUUGCAAUCAUCUAUAUUUUAAUGUGAGAUGAAUAUAUUGUACUCUUGAAAUCCUGUUUUUCCAUUUGAAGUACAGAUGCUGAAUACGUUUUAUACAGCACAAUCAAUACAACGUUAUUAGAGCUGAGAUUGUUCUAUUAAAAAACCUCUACAAAAUUAAGAUGAGGCUGAAUUUUAAAUCCUUUUGUACCUUCACAUAUUUGAUUAAAAUAUUCCAUUAACUGAGCAAAGGCAGUCAGUUAAUGGAAUACUGUAUAGUAAGAGGUGUUUUUGCUUUUUUAUUAUUUCCUUGGAUAUUCCAUCUCACUAUUUUCCUUUGAUUAGAUAUGAGUUCCUACAGAACACCUUUUGACUCCACAUUAUUUUUACUUGCAUUUCACAUGUAAGGGGCAUCUAUUUGUGACUUGCAGCCUAUGUCCUUACACGUCAUGCAGUACAAAGAGACUUACUCUCUAGUAGGUAUGGUGCCUGGCGUGCUCUGGUCCAUGGGGUCACGAAGAGGUGGACACGACUAAACGACUAAACAACAACAACAAGGUAUGGUUAGGAUUGAACCCUUAACGUUACUGUAGCUUUACUGGCUGGACUUAGAAGUUCUAGAAUAAACAGAACCUUGAGUUUCAUUUCAGCCUGGAUUCAUCCCUGAGUGCUGUUCAUACACUGUGACACAAAUCCUGAAGUUACAAAAUAACUGUAAUGACGCUGAACCCCCAAGUAGCCGAGGCUGCCCUAUGGUGCCCUUUACCUUUCAUUAUUGUAUUUAUGUAAUUAACACAUCAUACAAAUGAGCCACUGGCAGAAUCCACCCUGUACUUUGCUUUGCACAUUUUAAGAGUUGACUGGAAUAAGGAGAACAGAUUUGUUGUGGCAUCCAGUGGCGUCUCCUCUGUUGAUGGAAGGCAUCCAUCAAUGAAAUGAGGGAAUGCUGCUAUUGACAAUUUCUCCUCCUGUGACCUCCCCCAAAUCUGCUCCAAAGGACCCCCAAAAAUCGGGGGCAGUUUUAGGCAGGAACGAGUGGAUGUGACAGGUAGAGGGAAUUGCCUCCUUUUCCACCCCACAAAUGGAUGUCUUACGAACUCUCUUCUGACAGCAUUGGACAACACCCUCAGUGCCUAAAUUUUGCUUUGGUAAGUUUAUUUUGAUUUGUUAUACUAAAUUAUUGUUCUUGGGGAUAUCCUUGGAGCACCCUUUCCCUAUGCUUCAGUGUUGGUAGUUCAUUGGCAGAAGCUUCGAAAGUGGCCUUUGGCAGGGGUGGCUAGCCUGUAGUCUUCCAGAUGUUGCUGAACUCCAGCUUCUGUCAGCUCCAGCUAGCAUGCCCAAUGGUUAGGGAUGAUGGGGCUUUCAAUUCAGUAAUAUCUGGAGAGCCACAGGUUAGCCACUGCUAGUUUACAGGAGGUUCUGUGCAUCUACUAUUUCAUUCUCAUUCAUCUAAUUCACUCAGAUCCUGUACAAUGUUUUGUUCCUUUAUUUCCCAAGCAAAGUCGUGAUCCUUACUGUAUCUUGGUCAAGAGACUGAGAUGAGCUGCUCUGCUGUGACAUAAUUUCUGAGCUAUCUCUUGGUUUGUUUUCAAAGGCAAGGGGGAAAAGAAGGUGGGAAACAGGAAAGUUGGGAAUGGAGGGGGUGGGAACAGAAGAAAGGUAAGAGAUGGAGGUUUGGACCAACCCAAAGUCUGCUUCCAAGACUACUGAUCUAAAGCAGGUUGUUAGGCUGGGUUACAUUUUGGUGCCUGUUAACCCACUAAUUAUUCCUGCUGGACCAAACUUGCCAGUAAAAUGGCAAGGUAUGAAACCAGGGGAUGGAAUGUUGUGUGGGAUCUGUUCCCUUGGGCUUCCACUGACGGAACAGGCUUGCCUGCCCUGCCCAGAUCUCCAGCAGCAACAAGAAAGGCACCAUUCAAACAGGUGAGUGCUCUCACAAUGCCCUUGGGAACAUGUGUUCUCUGAGGUUCAGUAAAACGUUUGUGUCCGGCAUUCAAAGACAUCAUAAAAGAAUGGUAGUAUUUUAGGUGUAGAAUGCCCUGUGGCCUUCUUGGUAUAUUUAAAUGAUUGCUAAAGAACAGAGGGGUUUUUAUUCAGCCAAAGAUAGAUGAAUUAAUGGUUAACAGCCCAACUUGAAACAUUGAAAGUGGUGGAACUGUCUUUGAUUAUUAUCACAUUUUUUACAGGGGGGUAUUUUAUCAUUAUUACUACCCUGUGAGAUAAGUCUAAGUCAAGGGUGGGAAAUCUCCAUGCUUCCUGAGACGUUGUUGGACUUCAACUCCCAUCAGCCCCAGUUACCAUGGGCCAGUGGUCAGAAAAGAUGGGAAAUGUAGUCCCUGGAGUGUACCAACUUCCCAUUCCAAGGGCUAAGGCACAGGGUCUGAUUGAAGCUUUGUGGCAAAAUUCGAACCUGGGUCUCUCUGGUAACCACCAUACCACACUCUGGGUAGAUCCACACUAUAUAUUUACAGCUCAUCUGGUGCACAAUUAAAGCACCCGACUUCCCCCAAAGAAUCCCAGGAACUGUGGUUUCUUAAAGGCGUUGGAAAUUGUACCACCGUGAGAGGGAAAUUGCAGAAUCCUUUCUUUUUAAAUGUUUCUUGGGUGUACUUUAAAUAUAUGGUGCAGAUCUGCCCUAGCCCGCAAGGUUUAUUCUGGCAGCCUUUGGAAGAAAGUCGCUUCUUGCAAUACAAAACCUGCAGGUAGAAUGCAAAGUGCUUUGGACAGUAUUUCGAGGAACAUUCUGACCUCCAGGCUCUAUUUUCCAGUCUCAGCUUCUGACCUGCAGUACCUUUUCUGGGAUAAUAAGACUGGCCCACCUCACAUGGUUGCUGUAACGAUCAUAGAACGAGGUAUAUGAAAUUCUGUGGACACUUGAAAUGCACUUUAUAAAUCCUAAGGUUGCCAAGGCCAAGGGAGAAGUGUUUUUGCUCCUCACAGCACACUGCUCCUUCUGAACUUUGAUUCACAACAGAGGUUCUUGAACUGUCAUCCACAGAAAGGCUGUGGAACAGUUAAGCAUAUCUGUACUUGGACCUCUGUUUAGUUUAUUAUUUUAUUUUUAUAUCCUGACAAGAAAGAUCAGUUUUGCAGAACUUGGCUCCCAAAAUCACCACAUCCAUCGCAUGAGAAAGCAAAUGCUAAGGUUAUUAAAAUUUGAAUUAGUUUCUAUAGAUUUUUUAAUAGAAGAAGAAGAAGAAGAAGAAGAAGAAGAAGAAGAAGAAGAAGAAGAAGAAGAAGAAGAAGAAGAAGACCCCACCCCCAAACAAUGUUCAAAUGAUCCACCAAAAAAAGACAAAUUUGAGAACCACUAAUGUAUAGCAUUUUUACCUUACCCAAGGUAUUCAGAGAGCCAUACUUGAUUCCCUUCCCAUUCCCCCCCCUUUUUGUGUUACCUAGGCAGACGUGCCCCAGUCCUUGUCUAAAACUGUAGACGUAUGUGAGUUUCAUAGGCAGAUCAAACUGUUUCUGCGUUUUCCUUUGUCCUCUGCUGCUUGGAUACCACAAGUGCUGUUUGUACAGCAAUUUUAAGUGUGUCACACCUUUGUUAAUGAAAGUGUGUCUGUUCUCCCUUGUUCUGCGUCAGGUGGACCAGAGCUUAGGUUCCAGCCCUCUGCAGAGAGUUUUUCUGACAUCUGAUUUAAAGGAAUGUGUAAAUUGCCUCAUGUGGUUAAGUCAGUAGGUAAUCUAUUUUAUUGUACCUAGUUAAUGCCUAAUUCCAAACUGUAAAGGCAAAAUGUGUUUGAGGGAGAGAAAUACUAUAAAAGGAAAUAGAACUUUAGAACCUUCUAGGCUUUAGUGUGCCAGCUAAUGCAUCCAUCCACCUUGAGUGAUUUUCCUGGCUGUUAUGUGUCCUUGAACUGAAAUAACACUUAUUGCCUGCCUUAAAGGAGGAUGGGUAGCUAGAUACCAUUGUCCUUUGCAUGGCGGGAAUGUAACCUACUGUGCACAGAUAAGAGUCACAACUGUUGCUCCGCCCAGUUUUGCUUCUGGGCCCACCCACUGUUUUGCAUAUGUCCCCGCCCACCACUGGCUUGCAGCACCCAUAAGGCAAUGUGGCCAUGCAGCUGAAAAACGGUAUCAAUACCCCCAUUUUUAAAAAAAUAUAAAUCAUAGGUGCAGCAAUUAUAGUUUCCGGAUCCAAAUGUUCGUUCAUUUCAAAUCUCUCAAAAACACUUUAAGAACCUAAAUUACAGUUCCACAGCAUUAUCCCUGUUCA